AUGGCAGCAGGCUUGCAAGUGUUUGGCCAGCCUGCAUCUACUGAUGUUGCCAGGGUUCUGACAUGCCUGUUUGAGAAGAAAUUGGAAUUUGAGCUUGUCCGCAUCGAUACAUUUAAGACACAUCACAAGCUUCCUGAGUUCAUUAGGCUGCGGGAUCCGAACGGGCAAGUGACCGUCAAGCAUGGCGACAAAACUCUUGUCGAUUCAAGGGAUAUAUGCCGGUACGUUUGUAACCAGUUUCCAAAUGAUGGAAAUAAGACCCUUUAUGGAUCUGGUGCUCUAGAACGGGCAUCAAUAGAACAGUGGCUUCAGGCGGAAGCUCAAAACUUUGGCCCUCCUAGCUCUGCACUUGUCUUUCAGCUGUCAUUCGUUCCUCAUCUCAGUCAUUUGGGGAUUCGUCAGGACCCUGCUGUUAUUGCUGAAAAUGAGGAUAAACUGAAGCAGGUCCUUGAUGUUUAUGAUGAAAUACUCUCCAAGAAUGAGUACCUGGCUGGUGAUGAAUUCACCUUGGCUGACCUUUCUCACCUUCCAAACUCGCACUACAUCGUAAAUACUGAAAGAGGAAGAAAGCUUUUCACUAACAAGAAGAAUGUGGCAAAAUGGUAUGACAAACUCUCCAAGCUCGAGACAUGGAAGCAGGUCGUCAAGAUGCAGAAGGAACAUCCUGGCGCAUUUGAGUAA